UUUCCUCCACCCAAGUAGUUUGGGAGAUUGGGUAGAAUGGGCCAGAAAAGGAGUGAGGAAAAAAUCCAAAGGCGUUCUCUGUGACAUCUACCCUUUCCCAAAUCUGUACCAGCUGUAAACAGCUUCAUUGUCUGUAUGGCCACACUUUUUAUAGCUGUCAAAUGGCAAUGUAGUUAAAAAACUAGAAAUGAGAACAUUCAUGAAUUAAAACCAGAACUUUAGUGAGCUGCUUCCCCAAUAGCUUUCUAAUUUAUAUGCAGUGGCUGACUUUAAUACGUAAAUUUUGUGAAAUACUGAGUUGUAAAGAUUUUGGGAUCUUAAAGAGGACCUUCACUCAACUACUUUCCCUUUGCUUUGUACGUAUAUCCAUCUCCCCUGCACAGCUCCUUGUGCCUGAUAUUUUACUUGUGUUUAUACCUGGCUCAGAAGUUACAGAAAAGUAGUGCCAUGCUAUUUUCAUUAUUUUGGUAUUUUCCCUGUCAUUUUCAGAUACACUGCUGUCUAUUUAGUGGAUAUUCAUUAUUCAGUAAGUCAGUUAUACUAAAAGCUGGAAAUUAGUAGUCAUGGGAAAUUCUCAUACUUUGCAAAAGAGAGGAUCCUCAGGAAAAGCCAGAGGAAUAAACCUGAAGCAGCCAUUUCCUCAAUAUUUUCACAACCAGUUGAUGCCUCUUGACCAGUUCUCUCCUUAAAUGGCCGGGAAGAAAAUGUCAAAGGCCUUUGUCAGGAAAAACUAUUUCUCAGAUUGCCCUCUCUUCGUGUAGUCAUCUUGCUCUGUGAGAAUCUUAAAGGAACACUCGAUCUCCAGUGUUACUGAUUAAGAAACUAAGUGCCGCAAAGUACCACAAAUAGGCGAGGCUAAACCUGUUUUCUAAGUAAUAAUUAUAGUAGCAAAAAAUCUGGAAGCAAUCUAAAUGUAAGAAUGAUGUAUUGCUGGGAAUAUAGCUCAGAGGCACAAGCGCCUUCCGGGCAAGCACAAGGUCCUGAGUUCGAUUCCCAGUACCAAGAAGAAGAAAAAAAGAAUGAUGUAAAUACGGUUUUUCCAUCCUGGAAUAUAAUUACAAAUGAAAGUAGCAACAUGAAAACAAGGGUGUGCAGUAUUAGUACCAAAGGGGGGGGGGCAGUUAAUAGGGCUUAUUUGAAAGGGAAGGGAUGCCGGUAGAGAGAAGCCGUGAAGAAUCUUGUUUAUUCAGCACGCAUUUGUUAACUGCACACCUACUGUACCCCCGGACUUGGACAAGGACUCGGAUGAAGGAAGGGAAGAAAUCCCUACUGUAGACAACUUAGAGCGCACUGGUACUUUACCGCUCCUCGUAAAAAGCGUUUUUCCGCACUGUUUUGGGUUGAGCGGCUCUUCGUCGUUCUGUGUGAUUGAAUUGUGCUGUCAACUGUGCCGCCACAACGUUCGCUGCGGACUCUCGGACUCCCGCGCGCCGGGCGCUGGGCUCGGUGUAGAGAGGAAUCGAACUCACACUUGCCAGGCAGGCGCUGUGUCCCUGAGCUGAAUCGCCAGACCUGAUAUUUUAAAAUAUUGGUUGAAUCCAUGUAAAAAUUCAUUAAAGGAUUUUGCCAUGAAUCUCAGGAAACCAAAAUGAGGCACAAUCAGAUGUGUUGUGAGACACCACCUACUGUCACUGUUCAUGUAAAAUCAGGGUCAAAUAGGUCACAUCAGCCUAAAAUUAAUCUUAAGCGUACUAUUUUUAAAGAUAGUUGGCAAGCAUCUGACAAAAAUGCCCAUAAUAACAACAAAUCUAAACGCCCUAAAGGGCCUUGUCUAGUUAUACAGCGUCAGGAAAUGACUGCUUUCUUCAAAUUAUUUGAUGAUGAUCUAAUUCAAGAUUUCUUAUGGAUGGACUGCUGCUGUAAAAUUGCAGACAAGUAUCUUUUGGCUAUGACCUUUGUUUAUUUCAAGAGAGCUAAAUUUACUAUACAUGAGCAUACCAGGAUAAAUUUCUUUGUUGCUUUGUAUCUGGCUAAUACAGUUGAAGAAGAUGAAGAAGAAUCCAAAUAUGAAAUUUUUCCGUGGGCUUUAGGGAAAAACUGGAGAAAAUUAUUCCCUAAUUUCUUAAAGUUAAGGGACCAGCUCUGGGAUAGAAUUGACUAUAGGGCUAUUGUAAGCAGGCGGUGCUGUGAGGAGGUCAUGGCCAUUGCACCAACACAUUAUAUUUGGCAACGAGAGCGUUCUGUACAUCACAGUGGAGCUAUCAGAAACUACAACAGAGAGCAAGUUCAGCUGCCCCGGGGACCUAGUGCCACGCCAGUAGAUUGCUCACUCUGCGGUAAAAAAGGAAGAUACGUUAGACUCGGAUUGUCUUCAUCAUCAUCUUCAUGCAGUGACAUGGGAGAGCUGAUGGAAAAACACUCUUGGGAAUCCCACAAUCCAUUAUCAAUGGACAUAAUAGGUGACCCUUCUCAUUCUUCUAGUUAUUCUCAAGUAGCAAAUGACCAUCAAGCAAGCAAAGAAAAGAAAACUGAUUUCAUGAAGAAAGACAAAUCUAUGGAGUGGUUCACAGGAAGUGAAGAAUAAGAUAGUUCAAUUAAAGCAACUUGGAAUCAAUAGCUACAAAAUGUCAAAUGCAAGACAAACGUCAAAAUGGGACACUUAAGCAAUUUUGCAAUGUUACACAGCUUUCUCUAGCUUUUGUUAUCUUUCAAACUUUUAUGUAAAAGUUAUACAAAUCAUAGUAAUAGCUAAAAAAUACCAACCUAUAAAAGUAGUGAUCACCAAUAUAAA